GCGGGGACCUGGCUGGGCGGCUGGUCCCCUCCCCGGGGUGUGGCCGCCCCGGGCCCCUCCUCCGCUGCUGUCGCUCGGGUGCGGUGAUCUUUCCGUGUUGUCUCCAACGCGCAGCUCCGUGCCGCAGCCCUCGCUUUCCUCAGGACCAUGGCCAACCUGGAACGCACGUUCAUUGCCAUCAAGCCUGACGGCGUGCAGCGCGGCCUGGUGGGCGAGAUCAUCAAGCGGUUCGAGCAGAAGGGCUUCCGCCUGGUGGCCAUGAAGUUCAUGCGGGCCUCGGAGGAGCACCUGAAGCAGCACUACAGCGACCUGAAGGAGCGGCCCUUCUUCUCCGGCUUGGUGCAGUACAUGCACUCGGGACCUGUGGUCGCCAUGGUCUGGGAGGGGCUGAACGUGGUGAAGACUGGCCGAGUGAUGCUGGGUGAGACCAACCCUGCCGACUCCAAGCCAGGCACCAUCCGAGGGGAUUUCUGCAUCCAAGUGGGCAGGAACAUCAUCCAUGGCAGCGACUCAGUGCAGAGUGCAGAGAAGGAGAUUGGCCUGUGGUUUAAGCCCGAGGAGCUGGUGGACUACAGGAGCUGUGCCCACAACUGGAUCUAUGAGUAGAGGUGCUGACCCUCUGGCUUUGGUUACCAAUAAAGAUGGGGAUGGAGUGCUGCAA